CCCGACAGCCAGAGUGCACGCGAUUCGGAGCAGGUCUAAUUAAAUGACUACACACAGAAUAUGAUUGCUACCCGAUCAAUCCAUCACAAAAUUUACAAAUGCAGUGCCGCCUAAUCGCAUGCACUCACGCUAUGGAUGUGAGAGAGAGCGCACAGACAUGCACAAGCAUGCUCGCACCCACCAUGUACAAUCAACCAGCGCACAACUCGAUUGCGAUCGUCUAGUACACGCGUUACCAAGGCUCAGCCACUUGUUGCAUACGUGAGUGAGCAACUCUGUCUUCAGUUAAUUGUGGCUUUUUCGUGCGGCGCGUAUCACACAACACUCACGUGCAUAAACCAGGCAGCCACACACUGUGUGUGUUCCACUCUGAGUACCACUUUGCCCCAUUUGUGCGCCAUCUGACUAUCAUUUAACAUUCGACCUUAACGUGACGAAACAAGUCUGAGCUCGUGGACUCUCGCUGAAACGAUUGUCUUGCUUCUGUGUGCUCAUCGUUGCUGUCAAUGACUGUUACCUCAAACACGGGUUUUCGGAGACUGAAACUUUUGUGUGUGCGUGUCUGCGUGUGUGUGUGAAUCCGUUGUUGGCCCAGUGAGGCUAGAAGGGGACGAUUCUGAGCAGGCGAUAGCAUCGCUUCCUAGUGGGAGAUCUGAUUUCGGACUUUAUUUGCAACCUUUCAUAUUUGGACCAUCGCAUGGGAUGAGCACGAACGCACUAAUCACGAAUACUGCCCUCUCUUCUGGUACCACAUCCCCUCACCUAUCUCAAUCCACUGAUCCAGUCCAAACUGGAUCCAAACGCCGUUGGAGCAGUGAAAAACAAUCCGCACCCGGCAUUUCAUGUUCGAACGAUCAAUCGCCCCUGUCAGAAAAGCGCCCACGCUUGCUUAUGCGGUCAGGUGAUGGAACCAUACAAACAGCAUAUACGUUCUGGCUGGCUUUAGACGUCAUCACAGCUGGACGACAAGGGGUGGAGCUUGGACGCGACCAGGCACCAGUAGUCCAAAUAUCAGCGGUGUUGGGCAAAUUCUCUGGAGCAGAGACUGUUGAUCGGUUCACCGUGAAUAUUCGCCCGGAAAGCUUUGUGCGUCCCCAGAAUAGCAGUACAGAGACAAAUCCACUUCCAGGAGAACAUGUUGGACCCAACUUAUCCGAGGAGUACACACACUGGUUACAAACCGCGACCAACUUGAGCAAUGGAUUUUACGAGAAUGUGCUUCACAACCCGCAGACACCAGACCCCACCCAUGAGCCGGGAGCAACAGCAGAUAUGGUGCCAAUAUCAUUGGAUGCAAUGAAAGCAGCUCAUUGGGAAGACGCAUCACAACUCCCUAGUUACAACUCACCAAGUUUACCGGAGGCGAUGAACAUGAUCAUCAGCUGGUUACAGGGUCACAGUGUUCCAGUUGGUGAAGAUCCGGAACAAAGUGCCCUAAUUGUGGUCACCGAAGGACAUGUUCAACUCAGAAACGUUUUGCAACCACAAGCAGCCUACCUGGGUAUCGAUCGUGCGCUGAUGCACCGAACACCUUGGUGUUUGUAUGUGAGCAUUUUGGAUUGGUGCAGACAGGCAUUCGGGGAUCAAACGGGAACAGACGCUUCCUCAUGUAACAAACGGAUCACGAAUUUGAUGGAGGCCGUGACUGCACUAGAAAUGGAUGUUAAUCACGAUAAUGUGACCGCCGGUGUCUCGUUAAACAAGACCGAACAGAUUGCAAGGCUGAUCAAUAUUUUGUCCGAGAAAGGAGUCCCAAUAUGUGAACCCCAAAUUAUCCGCUCCGUUUAUGAACACAAAGUUUUCCCAAAAACAAUCAGCUUAGAAGACAGUUGUGUUGUGGAAGUCCGGCAAGUUCCCUGGAGUGCUACCCCAUCUAUAAUAGCAGGAUUUUUCACCGGGUUGAAUCUGAUUCCCGGUGGUGUGGCGAUUCGUCUUACGGAUGGUCGACGGAGUAACACUGCCAUCGUCGCCUUCACUUCCUCUCUCAACGCUCAACUCGCUUUGGCUCGACACCAGCAUCAGUUCUGUGGUGCUCUGUUCCCCGAGACCCCACAGGAUACACAGCAAAGCGUAGAUCGAGCCGGGACAAAGGACAAGCAGGCACAAACACCUACAAAACCCAGCACACUUCAGGUUUACUCAGCCUCUGCUAGGGAAUUCAUACAAUGUGCUGGAUGUGACCAACCACUGGUGUCGGAGUUUCUGAGUCAGCUGACUCACGGGGAACAAGUCGUGGUGCGCGUCCGUGGAUUGCCGUUUACCGCAACGAAGCAGCAGAUCCUGGACUUUUUCAAGGCUGUGGAAGCGCCUGUGUUGCUGGAGGCCAGUGGGAUUUAUCUAGUGGCCUAUCCUGAAGGAAGACCCACUGGGGACGCUUUUGUUCUAUUCAGCGAUGACAAGACUGCCACAAGAGCGUUGCUGCGGCACAAGGACUAUUUGGGUGAUCGGUACGUUGAGUUGUUCAAGGCAUCCCCGUCAGAAAUGGUGCAAGUAUGUCACAACGUAUCCAAGCAACUGGUUGGCUCGCACUGUUCGCAGAAGUUACCGGGCUCCUCAGGAGAUCAACAAGUUCGAACACGUUCGGCCAUCAACCUAGCCGCCGGCAGUUUACAAACUUUAGCUCCUUACGUCCUCCAGAGUCCAUCUGUCUCUGUGGCACUGGCCUCGAUGAAAUCUCCCGGAUUUGGUUUAAACGCACUGUCCUCUGUCCCACUACAGACAAACUUUCUCUCACCCGGACUCCUACAGCUUGGUCUCCGAUCUUCAUUUUUGCCCACUCUUGACCAGCUGACUACAGCUAACCUCGGUCUUCCGCUAACCAACAUGCUCCCCGCUCAACUACUUGGGCAAACCCAUCUACUCAAUACACCUUCAGUCCCUACAACAAGCCUAGGAGUUAUGACCAUGCCUUCAAGACAGCUCAUCACCGAGACUGCCACAAAGGACUUGAAGGAUCCCACAGAUCCAGACUGUCCAUACGCACGACAGUUACCUCCGGCUGGUGUAACAGCGAUGAUUCAGAUGAGCGGACUUCCAGUAGAAACUUCAAGGCAUGAUAUCCGGUUGUACUUGGGUCCGGUCAAUAUGGCCAAGGUCUAUCGCAUGCGGCAGAUGGACCCAAAACCCGAUCAGACAACGUCAACCUGGCUCAUUUCAGUCUCAAACACGGUCGAAGCUAUUCAUCUGAUUCGCGACCUCGUGAACAGACCUUUCAGUCUGACAAACGGUUCAACGACAGGUGUGGCCAGAGUUAUUCCAAACGUACCAACAUUCUCAUUGUAUCACGUUGGCGCAGAUAAAUCGGUUGUCCCUGCCCUGCUCUCAGACCCCAGCUUUGGUAUUCCACUAAACCGGAUCUAUGGAGUUGCUUCGGAACCUGUAAAUGGAGAGAGCUGGAAUUCAUCUCCACUUCCCAACACACAACUUACUGACACGGGACAAGUGUUGCUCAAGGGAGCCCUAACAGAGAGUACCUCACGUGCGCUGGAGAUGAAUUCCAACCUUGUCAAUGCAACAAGGUUACCGGAAGCUGUAAAUAAUCAAAUGGUUCAAAACUUACUAUGCCAGACAACUCUGAUGAACGCACACAAGUCCGUAACAAAGCCUCAACCAUCACUGUCUGCCGCAAUCGCCGGAACAGCACUUCAAUCGGCGAUGGCAGGUGGAUAUCGAUCAUUGGCCUCACCUGGAACUCAGCUGUUGCCUGGAGGCCCGGGCCAGCUUUUCUAUCAGCUUCAACAGAACCAUUUCAAUCCGACUGCAAACCUGUCGUCAGUGGGUGGUAGCGAACCCGCGAGAACAACGUCCUGGACAACAGUUGGAGGGAUAGUGAAUCCAGCUUCUACUGUAAUGUUAACCGGAGCACCCUUGAAUGCCACAACCGAAGAAUUGAUGUCCCUCUUUCAGCCAAUCAGUCACUGGCUAUCGACCACACCUCAAUUCACCUUGUAUCAACCCCAACCAAACGGAACGGCUAACUUUUUGGCAACUUUCAACAACCCAGUCGAAGCACAAACCGCAGCCCUGUGUUGCCCUAGUGGAAGCUUACGGAAUCGUCAGUAUGUGACUGGUGCAGCCUGCCUGGUUCCGAACCCGGUUGCCACAGUUGCGCCUGCAGGACAACCAACACCCCUUCUGGACCCCACGACGAGCGGAUACAACCAACUGAACUCUGCAGCAAACCUGAUGCUGUUUUCCUCAGCAAUGACCAACCCAAGCCUUUUUUGAACAGAAGAGGUUCCUCCAACACCAAAAGAUUCAGCGCUCCACACGCACCUACAGAUCACAUGUUCUUUUUAGUACUGUGAUAGUUCCCACAUUCCCUAGUAGCAGUUCUUCGUAUGUCUCCUGGCUAUGAAUGACUUCCAGUUUGGGCUUCCGACUACAAUGUAGGGCUGUCCGCUUCCAGAACUCAUAGAGACGACUCUGUUUUUUCUCUACAUAGAACACGUACGGUUUUUUUAUACCUUUGACAGUCAAUUGUUCUUUCGGCGCUGGCUGUUGUUUUUCAGACAGGCAGCGACCAGAAUUCAAUUUUCACCCACCCCUAUUGAUAAAUACUGUUGAAUUUGCUAGAACGAACGAGUCCGAAACUAGUCUAACCCCUCUUUCCCCACCCCCUAUCAUCUUUGCCCUACCGUCACGCCUCUGAAAUAUUCACGAAGAAUGAAAUUAUUUUUGUGCAGAGCUAUUUGAUUACAUCCAGU